GCUAGGUUGUGUUCAUGAUGGCCAGCCUGCUCCACAUUACCUUACGAGAAGUCCUGGCGCCCAAAGCUGUUCAAAUAACGCACGGCACAUAAUGAGCACCUACAGAGAAAGCAAACUUGUGGCCACAUUCUCCAGCUGUUCACAGGCGCAAGUGCUUGCAUUUCUUGGAGAGCCCUGGGCAGAUUGCCUGUCAAAUGAAGUGCGUAGACAUCGCAUCAACGUAGAUGCAUUGAAAUUUGAAUAUUCCUUGCAUGACCGAAACGGCCUUUGCAGGGAGCUUCAUCCAAGAAGCAGCAACAUUACUUUUCUACCCGCAUACAAUGGUUACGAUAUCACAAAAUGCGAUCUCCUGUGCGAAGAGACAACAGGUGAAAAGAAGAUAUAUCGCCACGAUGCUCCUGAGUUUACCCUGUGCGACAAAUCCGAGAAUGGCUCGCCGAUGGUGUGUCUGCAAAAGAAGUGCACAAGUUCUGUAUCAAAACUGAGGACAUUUCAAAAGAGCAAACUAACAAGGUCAAAAUAAAGAUGAGUGUCAUUGAUC